AUGUCAGGUCUGUCUACGCCGCAGCGCACGGCUGCUGCCGAACUGCUGCUUGUAUCGCCGAUUGCGCUCGGCGACCUGUCCCUCUCCUCUUCAAGAAAGCGCCGAAUCACGCCGACGGCCGAAGCAACGUCAACCAAGAGAAUCGCAGUUAUCACCAGCCCUAGCGCUGUGAACUCUUCACUCAAUAGUAUCCGUCAGUCAAGCCUCCCGAAUCCACUCGGUUGGUUCCAUACGGCCGAGCUGGGUCACAUCGGCACGCCGGCACAGGGUCCGCAGAUGCCAACGCCGGCGCGACAUAUCAUUUUGCCGUUCGACCUCCGAGGCCAGCCCGGAGACGUCUUUGACCCCGAAAAGCGAGAUAUGCUACGUACGCUGCCGCCGAAGCCUUGGCCACUUACUAUUGGCGGGGUUCCUCUCUACCUCACGUUAGAGAUGAGCCUAGGCCCCAUUCCACGAGCUCGGGCAGUCGGCUGGAGGAAUGGCUCCAUCGCCGAAGACCAAAAUUGCAAAGAUAUGGAGAAUUGGGAGCCGCUAUUCCACGUCAUCAAGGAUCACUUUCAAGACCUUGAAGUCUCGAUUACCGAGGUCAUGUACUGGGGCAACUGUGUCAUGGUCGUCCUGAAACACCAGCAUGUUGAUAUGGACAAACUACCAGUCCGGGCCGCCAAGAUAAGGUGUCUAUACUUGUUUGACGAUGAGAUGGGAAGACCAUCAGCACCACAAGCUCGCCGCCUCACCGAUCUUACCCCGGGAAAUCCCGACAAUAGCCAAUACGACACUCUGCAACCAGGACUAAGGCUGACUUCUUCCUACCUGCCGAGCAAUCUCGAUACGUUUCUCUCGACUACAUCUGGAGUUCUGCUGAAGGAUCGAGUUGGCAGCGAAUUCAUGACGGUAGCCUCGCAUGGAUUCCCGGCCGAAUGUGGCACUCAAGUCUUUCACGCGCUGCCUAGCAACGGCCGCAAGAUUGGCGAGCUCAUUACGGAGGUUUCGCAUACAGAUAUCGCGCUCGUCAAGUUGCAGGAUACAGAAACGUUCUACAACGAGACGUUCCAGAGCGACAACAGCACGAUCCCGCAGCAUAUCCGGUUCAAAACUUUAGUCCGAGUCCAAGGCCGUCAACGUUUCGAACUAGUUUACCUCGAUUCGCCCGAUAUAGGCCUCAUCGACGGAUCAUUCAUGGCGACGUCAUUCGUAACAAUCCCCAGUGAUGACAACUCACCAGAGCAACGAUGGGUCUUCACAACUUGGAUCUACCGGGCCGAAGACUCGGCAAUCGAGCUUCCUGAAGGAAUGUGCGGUAGUGCUAUCUGGAACGAGGACGGAGAUGUCUUGGGCCUUUUCAGAUACGCUCCGAAAGAAGGGGUGAUGAAGGAUUGGUACGCCGGAAUUGCUGCUGAUGAGCUCAUUAACCGAGGGUUUACGCUCGUCAAUACGAGUGAUAGCACGUGA